AUGGAGGAAGCGUUGGCUAGACAUGAUCGCUUUGGAGAGGACUUCAGCAAGGUAUUCACUAUAAUAAACUCUGCGGAUAUCCCUGCGGUUGAGAAUAGCGCCUUAUAUUUAUUCGUAGGCACUUCAAGAGCUCCCGAUGAGGCGUCGAAGUAUGUUCGCGAUCGGGUCGCCCAGAACGUUCAGUCUAGUACUUUGGAGGAGACUCUUCAUUCAAUACACGAGGAGUUGAAGAUUAUAUCAAAGAAGAUGACCCGAGAGGAUCCCAUGAAUUUGGACACAGAGAUUGAGGCUGCGCUUUAUGAGCGUGAUGGCGGUCGCUGUUUCAUAACCGGCCGUACCGCAGGCGUUCAGCCCAUAUAUAUCAUUCCUCUAUCGAUUCUGGAAGACAAAGAUCUACGGCCAGGGGGCUACCUACGUCCACUUCUCGAGGUUUCCCUGACCAAGGAAGGAACUGAACAGAUGCUCAAUCUACUAGGGUCGCCUGGUAGAGAGAAUGUUCUCAGAAACCUCAUUCUAAUGGAGCCCUCGAUCCGAUACUCUUUUCGCCAUGGAUAUUUUGAGAUCAUCAAGUCACCAUACUUGGAGCCUCCAUAUUUACCAACGGAUGCCCCAAAAUCCAAGAAUGGCGGAGUAUUUUGA